UCAUCUGUCACCGACAGUCUAUACUUUAUGUCAUUGUUGUCACUGUCAGUGAAAAUGUAAAUAUGGCGAGUGAUACAGAUGAGUUAUUCCAAAAUAUCGAAAAUAUAAAAUCAACCGUCAGACAGUCAUUCGCUCGAGUAUACGCAAGCCUAAAAGCCAGAGAAUUAAAAACUUUACGGCAGCUGGAUGCACUACGUAAACAAUGCCAAGACGACAAAGACUUGUUGAAGAAUUGUGUUCAGAAUAUACAAAUUCGUUAUGAUAACGAGUCCAUUCUAUUAGAAAACGUAAGUAAUUAUGGUGUUAUAGAUUUUGAGAAACUUAAUUUUGAUAGUAAUACUUUUUUAAUAGAGGAUUACAUUAGCCCUAAUGACGAUCACAUGUACUCGUACAAGACCAUUGACGACCUGACGAAAAAUGACGAUAAUAAAGCUCUUGAAGCAAUUGAAGAGGCUGCCAUGAAAGAGAUUACAAGAACAGAAAAUUGUGUUUGUAAUGUUGAUAUAAAAACUGAAGACAUAUCUAAGAAAUUUCGUGACUUAGAUUUCACUGCAUCUCCCACAAAAACCUGUGAGGAUAGUAUUCACUCCAAAGAAAAAGAAAUCACUUCUUCCAAUAACGUGACAGAGGAUGAGAAAAGCGAUAGUUCAGAUCCUGAACAAAAGAAAAUCAAUCCUACCGAUGAUUGGUUAAAUUCUAUUAAAAGUCAGACCGAGACAGAACCAGCUGUAGCAGAUUCAAUGGAACACAGUACUAUAACCUGUUCUUAGUAGAUAAUAAUAUUGAUAGUAGGUAAUUCCUCACUUGUUACUUAUUUGAUUUAAUAAAAUUUUAUAUUUUACCUAGAUCUGCUUAUAAUUUUCAAUAUUUGUGAUGUUAGUUGUGUGGAAAUAAUUUUAAAUGCAUGUAUUUACUAGGUGCUAAAAUUACUGAGAUACCAACAUUUUAUGUCACAAUGAAUUUAAAAGGCAGUAUAUUAAAUACACUGUGGUAUGCCUUUAGUCCUGUGUGAGUUUUUAUCGAAAUAGUUGUUUAUUUUUAAUUUGAUUUAUCUACCUACAUACUUUCACUUUAGAUUGUGAGCUAUGAAUGCUAUUUCACUGAACAGAGGCCCAAGUAUGAACUUUGACAGAUCUGUAAUAAUCACAAAACAUUGAAAGAGGUUAAAAGGGCUUUGUGGGCGGGGCAGGUGCGCCACAGUUAUGUGUGAGCAAAUGCUCAUAACUCAAAGUUUGGUUCUGAUUGCAUCGUUUCUCACGGGUGUGAGUGCUGAUCGGUUUGAUUGAUUGAUGUUGCGUUGUUUGAUUGGCUAUUACCUAUUAAGUGUAAGUAGUGGGCCGAGCCGGCGACAUCUGUUCCAGUACGAACGGUUUAUAAUCACACUUUUAACCUCUUUAUGUGUUCUGUGGUAAUUGUAAUAUAGUCUGUCAAUUUUUUUAUGGAAGGACCCAGUUUGUUCGUACGUAUGAAUAUGGAGCUGUUAAAGAUGGUGCUUGGGCUUCUGUUAGCUUUAUAUCUGAAGGCUGUUAAUAAAUAUAUUUGACUUUUCUUUAAAGAAUUUUUUAACCUUCACCUACAAUUUAUUAAAUAAAUAUUCUCUUUUCUAAAUAUAUACAAAUAUUCUACUUCAAAUUGUAACAGAUUUGAAAGGAUUAUAAUACAAUAAAUUACAGUUGUAUUUUAAUGCCCUUACGGCUGACUUAGUGAGGUUUAUGUAUGACUAUUUGCGACAGCAAUGAAAUAAGAUAUUAUCAUUGACAACAAAUAUAAUUGAGGCCUCUGAAUGCAUUUGUUAAAUUCAUAGUAUUUACAAAACCAAAUAACAACUUAUUUUUACCUUUGUCUAUUUCUCAAUGUGGGUUUUGUUAUUUAUAACUUUUUUACAUUCCUUGUUUUUCACUUCAUUCAUUUAUUAAAUCAAAUCAAAAAUUUU